GACUGCAAACACGGAACGUGACUCAGCGACGAGGUUCGGCUGGAUUUUCCCCACCCUGGGUCUCCGUGCAGACCACACUAACGUUGAGCGCCUAUUCACACGCGGAGCUGCCCUACGUGCUACCUGGAGCCCCAGACCUGUUGGAUCACUUUUCCUCAGGUAAUGUGAACAUAUUUCCAAGGGUUCGAGGACAGCUUGGGAAAACGCAGCUCAACACACACCGAUGGAAAUCAAUUUAUCAUUUGAAGGGGACUAUGAAAUGUCCUACGGGGAACGGGAGACCCGGUUUUCAUCUCCCAUCACAAUGGUCGAUUGGCGUCGCUUCAUAAAUGGAAAGUUUUCACCAUGGCCUGUUGUCCGUAAGAUCUGGACCCCACCGGGCCACACCGGCAGCUAUGACCUGGAGAAACGCUGCCAGGAGGAGGGCAUCCUUGUAUCUAAGAAGUUUGGCUCCUACCCAGAUCCCGAAGCAUCUCUGAACCUCAACAGAAAUGCCAACCCCAGGGAUGACUGUCUGGCCUACGUGGAGCUGAAUGAGCUCCAGGAAGGCAGGGACCAAGAGACCUACUGGCAGGAGACGGGCCGAUGGAUGGGCUACGAGGAGAGCUACAACCCCAAAACUGCAACCUGGGGUCCUGCCCAUAUUUCCUACCUCACCUUCAAGAGCUUGAUUCAGCUCCGCAGAACCAUGAGCACCGGUGUGAUCCUGCUGGACCAGGAGGAGUGCACCAUGACCGGUAUUGUCGAGAGCAUGGUGGCCGAGUUACUGACAAAAAAGGAGAUCCGCCCUGGUGACCACGAUGCCCUACUGAGUGCCUUGCAGCAGAAGCGCAGCCAGUCUGAACCGAUGGAGACCCCAUCUUCUGGAAUAGAAAUGGAGACCUUUUCAAUCACAAAGAAGAGAGAUGGCAGUGGCAGUGUGGAAGCUUCCAUCAUUCUUUCAAGUGCCAUGGAUUUCUUGGAGAAGCCUACGAUUGCAUUUGUGAGACUGAAAGACACUGUGGUUCUAGAAUCAGUCCUCGAGGCACCAAUUCCGGUCCGGUUUGUCUUCAUGCUGAUUGGGCCAAGCCAGAGCGGCAUAGACUACCAUGAAUCUGGGCGUGCUAUGGCUGCGCUCAUGGCUGACAGGGUGUUCAAUGCGACUGCUUCCCUAGCACAAGCCAGCUCUGAUUUGACAAAUGCCAUGGCUGACUUCAUGGACUGCAGCAUUGUGAUUCCUCCCACUGAGAUCCAAAAUGAGUCCAUGCUCCAGUCCAUGGUCAGCUUCCAGAAGAAGAUGCUGCAGCAAAGGCUCCGACCCUCUGACACUCAGCUGCUCUUGGAUGACAAGCUUAAAGCUCGCAAAGCCAGCGAGGAGCCUAAAGAGGACCCUCUGGCACGCACGGGACGCCCAUUUGGUGGCAUGAUCAAAGACAUAAAGAGGCGCUAUCGACACUAUCUCAGCGACUUCACAGAUGCCCUCAACCCUCAGGUCCUUGCUGCAGUUAUCUUCAUCUACUUUGCUGCCCUUUCUCCAGCCAUCACCUUUGGAGGCUUGCUUGCUGACAAGACUGAGCACAUGAUGGGUGUUUCGGAGCUCAUGAUCUCCACCUGUGUUCAGGGUGUCAUCUUUUGUAUUCUGGCUGCCCAACCAAUCCUGGUCAUCGGCUUCUCAGGGCCUUUGCUUGUAUUCGAGGAGGCCUUUUACGGGUUCUGCAAGUCUCAAGGGGUUGAGUACAUCGUGGGUCGUGUCUGGGUGGGUAUAUGGCUAGUGAUCAUCGUGGUGGUCAUCGUUGCUGCUGAGGGCAGCUUCUUGGUCAGAUACAUCUCCCGCUUCACGCAAGAGAUCUUCUCCGUCCUCAUCUCCCUCAUCUUCAUCUACGAGACUUUUGCCAAGCUCAUCAGGAUUUUCCAAGCCCACCCCCUGGUUCUCAACUAUGAGCACCUUAAUGAGUCACUGGAUGAUCCCUUCCACCCUGUUAUCGAACACUAUCAUCACCACGACAAUGAGACUGGGAAUUUAACUAUGCACCAAAAAAUUCGGGAGAGAUCUUACCCCAACACUGCUCUGCUCUCCAUGUGCUUGAUGUUUGGCUGUUUUUUCAUCGCCUACUUCCUCAGGAGGUUCAAAACUGGCCACUUCCUACCCGGCCCUCUCCGACGCAUCAUUGGAGAUUUCGGUGUGCCUAUAUCCAUUUUCUUCAUGAUUGCAGUGGACAUCAGUAUUGAGGAUGCCUAUACACAGAAACUUGUAGUGCCCAAAGGACUGACAGUGUCCAACACCAGUGCUAGGGGAUGGAUCAUCAACCCAAUGGGUGAAAAGAUUGAGUUUCCCAUCUGGAUGAUGGUUGCCUCUGUUGUUCCAGCCAUCCUAGUCUUCAUCCUCAUCUUUCUCGAGUCACAGAUUACCACGCUGAUCGUGAGCAAGCCAGAACGGAAGAUGGUGAAAGGUUCUGGGUUCCACCUUGACCUUCUGAUCCUGGUGGGCAUGGGUGGCAUAAGUGCCAUCUUCGGCGUCCCCUGGCUCAGUGCUGCUACCGUGCGCACAGUCACCCACGCCAACGCCCUCACAGUCAUGAGCAAGGGGCCGAAGCCUGAGAUUGAGAAAGUAGUGGAACAAAGGAUCAGUGGCAUUCUGGUAGCUUUACUGGUCGGGGUGUCCAUUUUGAUGGAGCCCAUCCUGAAGAUGAUCCCGAUGACUGCUCUGUUUGGCAUUUUCCUCUACAUGGGUAUCACAUCACUUAGUGGCAUCCAGCUUUGGGACCGCACAUUACUCCUCCUGACACCAAAGAAGCACUUCCCUACUGAGGCCUAUGCCACCAGGGUGAAGCCACUUCGGAUACACUUGUUCACACUGAUCCAGAUUGUGUGCCUUGUGAUUCUGUGGGUGGUGAAGUCUAGCACCGUCUCUCUGGCCCUGCCUUUUGUCCUCAUCCUCACCAUCCCCUUACGCAUACUCAUGACUGGUCGCCUAUUCACCGAGAUGGAGAUGAAAUGCCUGGAUGCCGAUGACGCCAAAGUAACAUUCGAGGAGGAGCCGGGAGAGGAUGUCUACACUGAGUCCCCGUUGCCAUAGAAACUUUGACAGGACCGCCACUUCUCAAAUAUCUGGCACCAAAGUUCCAACCACCAUAUACAAAAUCAGGAGCCUCUUUUAAAAAUGUCAUUAGUCUGUUUUAAAAUUUCACACACAAAGUAUAACUUCCCUGUACUCUCUUACAAUAAGGUCCUACAGCUGUUAUUGUCCUACAGCCAUAGGCUCCUGUAGCACACUGACCCAGUCUUCCAGUGAAUUCACCAACUCUCUUGGAUGUGUUUGGAAGGGAUUGUGUGUGUGUAUGUAUGUAUGUAUGUAUGUAUGUGAGCCCAUAUCUGAGUGUACGUAUGUUUGUCUAGCGGAAGAAAUUAGCUUACCAAAAAAUUCAAUUUUAAAUUUUUUAAAUAAAAUUUAUACAAAACUAUUCGGU